AUGUCAAACGAUGUGGAGGAUAUCGAUGGCAAUAACAUUCUUGCACAAGCGUUAAAACAUCAAGAUGUCGAAUAUGUUUUUGGCAUUGUUGGUAUUCCAGUCAUUGAAUUCAGCAUGGCCCUGCAACAAGUCGGCAUCAAAUACAUUGGAAUGCGCAAUGAACAAUCAGCAGUGUACGCAGCCCAAGCAAUCGGUUACCUUACGCGUACACCAGGUGUAUGUCUAGUGGUGUCCGGCCCCGGAUUGCUUCAUGUCACUGCUGGAAUGGCCAAUGCACAAAUCAACUGUUGGCCUCUAUUGGUUAUUGGCGGCUCUUGUGCAGAAGAUCAUGAAGGAAUCGGUGGAUUUCAAGAAUGCAACCAAGUUGAACUCAGCAGACCUUAUUGCAAGUACAGUGCAAGGCCCCCAAAUGCUGCUCUUAUACCUGUUCAUGUUGAAAAAGCAAUACGUUAUGCUACUUACGGUAGACCAGGUGCUGCAUAUUUAGAUUUUCCUGCCAAUCUAUUAUCAGCUCGAAUUCCUGUAGAUAGAGUUGUGAAAAAACCGUUAAUCUCACAACCUCCAGUCAUUUUCCCCGAUAUCCGAAAUAUUGAAUCUGCCGCUGAACUGUUAAUAAAUGCCAAACGACCUCUGGUUAUUGUAGGCAAAGGUGCUGCCUAUGGACGCGCAGAAUAUGCUAUAAGAAAUUUCAUUGGAGAAUUCGGCUUACCGUUUUUAGCCACACCAAUGGGUAAAGGUGUAGUGCCCGAUGAACAUUCUUUAAGUGUAGCAUCUGCACGUACUUAUGCCUUGCUAAAUGCUGAUGUAAUACUGUUACUUGGUGCACGAUUAAAUUGGAUACUACAUUUUGGUAAACCACCAAGAUUCAAUGCUAAUGUAAAGUUCAUACAGAUAGACAUAAGUGCAGAAGAGUUACACAAUAGCCAACAAGCUAGUGUAGCAAUUCAAGCAGAUAUGCACGCUGCAGUUAAUGCUUUAAAUGUUUGUUUAUCCAAGAAAAAAUGGCAUAAUAUAAGAAGCGAAUGGUUGGAUAAGCUUAAAGAAAAGUGUUUGUCAAAUAAAAAAUAUGUAGAGUCAAUGAUGAAAGAUACAUCCAUACCAUUAAACUACUACACAGUUUUUCGACAUGUGUAUGAUAAUAUUCCAAAAGAUUGUAUGAUUGUAAGCGAAGGAGCAAAUACAAUGGACAUUGGUAGAGCUGUAUUAUUAAACAAUGUACCUAGACAUAGACUUGAUGCUGGAACAUUUGGUACCAUGGGAGUAGGAUUAGGAUUUGCUAUUGCUGCAGCCUUAUGGUGUCAAAAAUAUGAACCUGGAAAACGAGUCUUGUGUGUUGAAGGUGAUUCAGCAUUUGGAUUUUCAGGAAUGGAAGUGGAAACAAUGGUCAGGUAUAAAUUACCAAUCGUCAUCAUCGUUGUUAAUAAUAAUGGCAUAUAUGGAGGUGUUGAUGAGUCCACUUGGUCUUUGGUGCAAGAUUCUGAUAACUUAACUGAAGUUAUUCCUCCUAAUUGCUUAUCCGUAAACAUUCAUUAUGAAAAUAUGUUGACUCUAUUUGGUCGCAAAGGAUAUUUUUGCACAACUGUUGAACAAGUUUCAAAUGCAGUGAAAAAUGCUUUUAUGGAUACAAGUGGACCUUCGUUUGUUAAUAUAAUGAUUAACCCAUCUGCUGAUCGCAAGCCACAAAAUUUUGCCUGGCUGACGGAAUCAAAAUUGUAA